GCACGCCAGUCCCUGUAGCCGCCGUUAAUGUGGACAUUAUCGUGGAAUGCAAAAGAUGCAGGAAGCAACGUAGCAGAGUAAAGGCAUCAGUAGGGUACACGACCGAGGCCCCAAUUCUCCGCAUGGUCCUAAAGCUAUGGUGGCCGGGGAUGGUUUGGGUCAAACAGUCAUAAUCGCUCAUUUAAACAAAUAAACAUCUGGCGCGAUGCUCGCCGUCGCCGUAACGUUUACCGUGCGCAGCGACCUUUGCGUGUAUAGCCUAAAGCGGCAGAUGAUAGCUGUAUUUUUCCAAUCAUUUAAAAAAUAUUCCAGCGGCGGUUGCAACAUUCAUCUCUCAACAAAGCCGUCCGUUAGAAAUCACAUAUGCUUGUCAAAUUUCAUGCAUCCGCAUCAGUAACGUUGACUCACGUUUGCCAUCAAGAUACGAGAAAAUGCCGUUAUUAUUAAAAUAAAGAUCACAUUCGUGAUAGCCACCGACACUGCUUGAACGGAAAAUACAUAUAACACAAGCAUUAAAGACGACAAGACAGUUUAUGAAAUAGGUGGCGUUUUGCUUUUCAAACGAGAAAACAAAUAGUCAGACAAAAGUCGUCCCAUCCCACUGUUUAUGUCAGACCCGAGCAAUUUUGUCUUUUAUUUUUACAAUCUAUUUUCAAAAAAUAAUGUUGAUUCAAUUUAAAGACACAGCUGGCAAUUCAUACGCCAAUAAAUGCAUAUUUCCGACACUGAAUGCUAGCUGAAAACAUGUGAAGAUUAGACAAGGGCCAAUGUAUAAAGAUUAUUCGGCUACUAAUUGCGUUGUUUUCGACAGACAGACAAAAAUAAAAUGAAGAAUGGAAGCAGUUGCAGAUAUAACUAAAUACUGCUAAUGUCCGGUGUUAGACGUUGAGGAAAUGCAUUGCUUUCACUAAGCGGUAUAUAUGCAAGAUUUUUUUUUUAAAAAAACACGGUAGUACGUAUUGUUUAGUCAGGCAUAUGUAUAGCAUAGUCGAUAAAAUAUACAAGUAGUAGGGCCUUACAUUAUUUUUUUCAUUCGAUAGUUAACGUUUAAUUUUUGAAAUAACAAUGAUGAGGAAGGAGGAAAUAGUAAUCGGACUAGCAUUAAGACCCAGGGGUGCUCUUCCUCUUUGCUGCAGCUUUGCUGUUGCGGGAGGACCAGAAAUCUGCAAUAAGGCGGAUGAGAAAAUUCAAGAGAUCAAAAAUGUCAUGUAAAGGGGAUUAAACACAAGUGACUGAUAAAUGCGGGGACCGCUGGUAACGUAUCGGUCGAUAUUUUUGUAACAGAUUUGCACUUGAAAGAAAGUAGCGUAUUUUUCCUUUUUCAAUUUAUUGUGAAAUACCGAUGUAAAUCAUAGAUGCAGAAGCCUGAUUUUUGUAUUCUCCCCAUUCGCUUCCCUAAUUCUGUGCCCGCGUUUGUGUUCCUGUCUUGCUGACCGCUGCCUAUGGUGGAUCUGACCGUUUUGCGAUGACCUACCAAAGGAGAUAAAGGGGAGCUAUGCCGUUACUGACCUACCUCAGCAACGCUUGAUUAAUCAUGAUGAAGACCGAGUCCCCGUCCUCAGCCAGCGCAAGCACCACUACCAGCUCCAACUCCAACUCCAAUCUCAGGAGCCCGUCUCCGCACAGGAAUGCGUAUGAGGCGGGCAUCCAAGCGCUGAAGCAGGCGAAGGACUCGCUGAACAGCGCUGCUAACGGCGAUGGCCAGGACAGUAAGCCCAAGUCGUCUUCUCGGGGCCGCAGGUAUGGCUCCAAUGUGCACCGCAUCAAGAACAUGUUCCUGCAGAUGGGCUCUCCUGUUCCCGGUGAGGGGGAGGACCUGGCUAAGAGCAGCGACCGGUCAGUGCGUCUCUCACUGCCUCGGGCCAGCAGCCUAAACGAGAAUGUUGACCACAGCGCACUGCUCAAACUGGGCGCCACUGUUUCAGAGCGCGUCAGUCGCUUUGACCCCAAAGUGGACGGGGGCCAACACAGGGGGUCGUCUGGUUUUUCCAAGCUGCAGGAGACCCGCAAGAUAUUUGAACAGCGCCACCUGCAGGAGAAGCAGGCGGCCACCAACCGUAUCCUGUUAAAGAAAGAGCGGGCUUCUGGCUUCCAGGACGGUCGGCUGGAUGUAGUGGUACGCUUCAAUGGCAGCACAGAGUCGUUGGACAAUCUGGACGGAGGCGGUGCGGUGGAGGCGGUCUCACCCACCGUAAGCCAACUCAGUGCCGUCUUUGAGAAGGCUGACCUCCGGAACAACCUGCACAGGCCCUCCACCUCUCCACUGCCCUCUCGGGGGGUCGGUUCACCCUCAGGGAGAGCUGGCACCCUCAGUUCCAGGAUCAUCUCCAAGAAGACCCAUGUCCCUCCUCAGAGCAACCAGGAGCAGAGCGGCCACUCAAAGGACCAGGAGGUGUCGCCCAGGAGUUCCAGAGCUAAGGUGAGCACCCAAAAUGAGGACGUGGGCUCAAGACGGGGAGCCCAGGCUUCUGAGGCAGACAAGGCUAAGCUGGAUUCAGAGGUGGGCAAGUACAACGAGGCUGUGAACUCUAGCGCGAAGGAUGAGGCUGAGGGGGAACCAGGCCUCACAGGUGGCCAGGAAGAUAUUGGGAACCAAGAGGCGGCCAGCCGACUGGUGCAGGCCGAGGUUCACGCCUCGCAGGAGAAUGAGGAGGUUGCUGGGAAGAGGGAGGGCUUAGAAACAGCCAGCUCUGUCGGCAAGGAUUCUAGCACCACCGAGGUGGGAGAAGAAGGAGAGAAAGGCCUUGCAAACAAGGUGGACGAGUCCCUACAAGGGGAGGACCUGUGUGAGGAGUCCCGGAAGGAGGAUUACUCAGAGGCGGACCUAGUGGACAUCAGCGCCUACAGCGGCAUAGGGGAGGACUCUGGGGGUAGCCAGCUGGACGAGGAGGAGGAUGAGGAUGAAGACGACACCUAUGAACCUGAGUCCAGCUGUACUGAGGUUCCGGGACUUCCUACAGAGGAGGAACCGCCCCCGAGCCGGAAAAUCCGUUUCAGCACCGGACCGAUCAAGGUGUUCACGACGUACUCAAAUGAGGACUACGACCGACGGAAUGACGAUGUGGACCCCAUGGCAGCCUCGGCUGAGUACGAGCUGGAGAAGAGAGUGGAGAGGCUCGACCUUUUCCCUGUGGAACUGGAGAAAGACGGGGACGGCCUGGGAAUCAGCAUCAUCGGGAUGGGCGCGGGAGCAGACAUGGGUCUGGAGAAACUGGGCAUCUUUGUGAAGACGGUCACAGAAGGAGGGGCCGCCCACAGGGAUGGCAGGAUCCAGGUGAAUGACCUGAUCGUGGAAGUGGACGGCACCAGCCUGGUCGGGGUAACGCAGAGUUUCGCCGCGUCGGUGCUGAGGAACACGACGGGCAAAGUGAGAUUCGUGAUUGGCCGAGAGAAGCCCGGUGAGCAGAGUGAGGUGGCCCAGCUGAUCCAGCAGACCCUGGAGCAGGAGCGCUGGCAGCGGGAGAUGAUGGAACAGCGCUACGCCCAUUAUGGGGAGGAUGAGGAUGAGACCGGCGAGUACGCCACCGACGAAGAGGAGGAGAUGAGUCCCAUGUUUCCCAACGCCAUCGAGGUCUUCGACUUGGCUGAGAGUGAGGACAUGCUGUCCCCCAUGGAGAUGGAUCCAGAGAAGCUGGCCCACAAGUUCAAGGAGCUCCAGAUUAAGCAUGCUGUGACUGAGGCUGAGAUCCAACAGCUGAAAAGGAAGCUGGCCCAGGCCGACCAGGCAAAGCUGCGCUGGCGCAUGGAGAAGGCGCAGCUGGAGCAGAGCCUCCAGGAGAACAAGGAGCGCGUGGAGAAGUUAGAGGGCUACUGGAUGGAGGCACAAAGCCUGUGCCAGGCCGUGGACGAGCACUUGAAGGAGACGCAGGCCCAGUACCAGACAUUGGAGAGGAAGUACAGCAAGGCCAAGCGCCUCAUCAAGGACUACCAGCAGAAGGAGAUUGAAUUCUUGAAGAAGGAGACCGCCCAGCGUCGCGCCCUUGAGGAGUCAGAGGCAUCCCACAAGGAGCAAGCAGAGAAGCUGCAGGAACAGAUAACAGAUUUGGAGUCCAGGGUGGAGGCACUGAAGACACCCGAACCCUAAUGCACCCUAAAGAAGGGCGAGACGCUUUUAUAGAUGGCCGUCAUUUUACCUGAAUUGUACUGGUGGAUAAGAGGAAAGAAAAGAAUAAAUAAAUUGCCAGUCCUUCAAAACAAGUGGCUGGUAGGGGCAGCAGUGGGGGAAGGGGUUUUUAAGAAAUGUAUGUCUGAUGUCCUUUCUCCUACCUGUCAUUUAACCCAGGGUGCCCCACGAGAUGAGUUCGAGUUCGGUUCUGGAUGUGUUUGUGAACCUUCCAGCUUCUGUUGCUUAAUAUUAUUUUUCCUUUUUACAUCCAUAUACUUGUGGUGUGUGGAGAAGCGUCGCUCUCAUUGGUCAGUUUUAGUUUUUAAACAUUCCUUCGACUUCACUAGCUAAGAACAUCGCUGCCAUUGGCUGCUGGCUCGCCUACCAGUUGUACGGACUCCCUCAGUGUCUGAGGAGUUGACAGUAUCAGCACAGCUCCAGCACGGUCAUUGCUAUGACCUGCUAUCUGGGGCUGGUUUACUCCUGCGUGCUGUAAAUUCUUGAGACUUUUGUAUUGGUUUUAAUGACGAAAACAUCAAGGAAAACCCCUUACUCCUAGCCUCCCAAUGAAUCGUUGGGCUUUUUCUGGGUCUGUACAGAAGUGAUGUGAAAUAUUAGAUGGGAUGGACAUGGUUUGUAUAUAUUCUUUAUAUAUAUUUAAAACUGUUACAAUGGAAGGAGAUGGGGGAGGGGUGUAAAAUCCUUUGGGGGGGACUACAUCUGGAAUUGAAUAAGGGAAUUUGAUGCAUAAAUUCCAAAUGUCUGGACCUCAAAUGAGCCACUUUGAGGAUUUGAAACUUUGGAGACAGAAUAUUUACAGGUGCAAGGAUGCUAAAUCAUUAAUGUGUCUAUACGUUUAUGCCUUAGAUCAGUAUUAUUUGAUUUUUGCGCUUAACUUGUAACAAAUAGAGAAUUAACACCCACAGUAUCUAACGGUCUCAUUCUCAUUGCGUGUAGUCGAGUAGCAGUGCUAAUUUAUCAAGGUCUGAGCCCUUGUUUUCCCAAAGUGCUUGAGUAAGUUGUGCUUUACCUUGGGGCGGCCUUGCAUGGCUGAGGUGAAAUCGGAGAGAGAGAGAGAGAGAGAGAGAGAGGCCCCACUGAGCGCACGGUGAUGCUCUGUGGCCAGCAAACCUGUUCCUCAAGCAGGGUUGGUGUCUCUAGCCCCAACCCUGAAACCUACUGCUGCCUUUUCCUCAAUACUCUCCUUCUUCACUUUUUAUAAUGAGUUUGAGUAGGUCUGUCCUGUUUUCACAGCAGAGAGGAAAUCAGUGUCGGGGAAAUGUUGGCUACUUUUCCCAGCAUGCUCCUCGGUCUACUGAAUUUUUUUUUUCCUGUUUAUCCUGAUUUGUGGACGUUUUGUUCCAGCCAUAGUCAAUUAGCAUGUUCAGUUGACCGUGAACUGCCAUUAUAUGUCCAAUUUACCAUCAAAACCCUUUGCGUUUUAUGGAUUACUGGGGUUGUAAUGAAUAACCCGAGGCUCAGAAGACAGCGAUAGUGACCACCCGCUGCUAGGCCUCGUUGCAGUUACUCUUGACUCUGGCUGGGUUUUAGACACUUUGCAUUCUUGAACCAUUAAUGACAGGAGGAAUCGAUGAAUGAAGGAACAAACUUGCAAGUAGCAAAUCCCCUCCUACUUUGUAACAUGUUGUAAAAAAAAUAAUACAUUUCAGUGUGAUUGUGUUAGUCUGAUGAUCAAGCAUUUUUUACAUAUUUAAAGCUACGAUUUUAGAUGGAUUAGAUGCAGACAUUUCCACUUGUUUCAUUUUCCUGACCAUGGAUGUGCUUCGAUGUAUUACGGGCAUUUUGAGCUAGACCUUUAGAUCAGUGUUUCCAAAUCCGGUCCUCAGGGACCCACAAUUGGUCAAUGUUUAUGUCCCCUCCGAGCUCCCAGUCAGACACAUUUUAGCUUGGGAGCUGGGAGGGAGCAAAAACACGGACUGUCUGUGACUCCCCAAGGACCAGAUUGGGAAAAACUACUUUAGAUGAAUCUUUUACUUGUUAUGGCUUUGCUUCCUAUUUUUCUCAUGAGCAUGUGUUUAAAAAAAAACAAUUAUUGCAAAAAAAGAAUCCAACAUGUAUACUUCAGGAUGAGAUGGGCCAUCAUAUAAAGAGAUUAUUUCCGUUUUAGAAACAGGAGGCAACUUUCCUUACGGUUAUCUCCCCUAACAAAAAGUGCCAAUCUGAAUGGUCAGGGUCACUGUUUUCUACUGGAUUUUGAAUAACAUUAUUUACUGCUAACAGUAAAAAAAUAAAUAAAAAUCAGUCUCCCCUCCCCAGUAAUGUCAGACUAUAAGGAACAUCUGUGGGUGUGAGUGGACACUGCAUUUGUAAUUCGAGGGGAUGAAGCCUGACAGUUCUCUGUGCUGUGACAUAACAUUCACUGUUGUUUUUUCUGCUGGAUGUCUGGUUCCAAAUUUAGAUUUUAAAUACUGUGGCUUUUGCGUAACCACUAACUCAGAAUCCAACAAGGAAAGUUACUUCUGUACAAAUGGCCUCCUGCCUCACUUCACUCCACAUUUGGCCUUAAGUGUCCGCCGCUAAAAUCCUACAAAAAUCAGGUGGAAUCCAGGGAAUGUCAGGACUGCGUACAUCUGUUUAAAGACAUGCUUAUUCUGUAGUCUGGAUUAUGUAAGUAGGUCAGAUGGACAUUGCCCCCCCCCCCACUUGCUGGACGUUGGACAGACGCACACAGUACACGUGUGCUCAUGGAUGACUGUUAACUAAGCCUGCUUUGUCUUCACAUGAGGGCUAUCUCUGUCCAACCAGGAGGGUCUCCUCCUAGAGUGAUAUCUAAAACCAAGGAGAUACUCCUCUGUCUGAUUUCCUUCAAAGGACACAAGCUCAGUGUGUGAUGGGUGUGUGGCCAUGCAUACAUUUCUACUGGGACAACAGGGUUAGAGUUGAGCAAGCAUAUGGUACAAGUGGUGUAAAUCUGCCAGUCUAUCGCACAAGGCCCAUUAAAUAGCAUCCAUGUGUAGCCUUUGUAUAUUGCAUUAAGGGUCACAAACAUGUCACUUCAUAAAAUCCUUUUAAUUUAACCUAUGCCUGUGGUCUACGAUGAGGAAAGGUUAAACCUACCCUUUAAACCAAACUGAUCACAGCUGGGUGCCACGGGCCGGCCAAACCGCCACUGCAGCUGCGUGGUCACGCCCCACGUCGCCGGAGCUUCCUCACGUCCGUGUGGUGGCUUGCUGCAUACCUGUUGUGUUCCCACUCGGAUUCCCCUUCCACAUAAAGCACGGCAAACCGGCUGUCCCUUAACACAGCAGUCACUUUAGCCGUUACCAGCUCUGGUUAUCCUCUGCUGCUGCUGCUGAAAACGAGGACGAGGCGGGACGGUCAGCCGCCCUCCCUCCACGUCGCAUGGUCAGACUCGGCAAACAAACUGGACAAACUGUCUGGCCUCAGGCUUUCAUUUGCUAUGUUGGACGUUUGUUUUUUUUUCCCCAGAGGGGAAAAAAAGCACUAAGCUGGGACAAACUGGAACCCCCAAAUGGGGGAAUUUAAGAAGAGAAAAGGAGCAAUAACUGGAUUAACUGGAGAAAGUUGUGAACAGCGGUGAAACCCCCCCCCCAGACAGUUGCCAUGGUGAGACUCCGAUCCCUGCCCCCCAGCACCAAACAGUUCGUCACGACGAACACGACCCCGUGGCUUCCUGCGUCACUUAGGAGAACAUCUAACUGCGACGCGGUCAGCUGCCAACGGGAAGCCGCCUCCACAGUGACAUCGUGCCACCAGCGAGCGCGUCAGCAGUAAGGCUUCCAUAAGGCACAUGGCGGAUGGGCUCUGCUGUUCCAUACGUCUCUGGGAGGAGAGAACGGCAAAGCAGCGAUGCGAGACGAGGUUUAAGGCCAAGUUUGUCUUCAUACUUAUUCGCUUCUUCUGUUGCCGCCUUGUUUUUACUUUUAAUUACUUCCCUUGGCCAGUUUUAUCGAUACCUGAUGCCUUGGUAGUGUUAUUGUGAGACGACUCCAAGACCAAACCUCUGCUCAUAUCCAAAGGCAUUCGCUUACAAAUUAAUCCCCCAUCGAUAAACAUGCCCAAGAACUUCUAAAGGUAACUUUGGUCUCUUUUUUUUUUUAACUUCCUCUGUAAUUGGCACCUACAGUAAAAACAAUCUGUUUGUUCUGUUCCGUUUCAUUCUCAAUUAAACUUUCAUGUUCAUGA